GACUUAUUCUUAAUCCCAAACUGGGUGUCUUUUUCAAUGGAAGAUACAGAGCCAAUGGAUGUUGAUGACUCCUCUCCUCAGGGUGCCAAAGAAGAUCCUAAUGUCUGCAAUGCCAUCAACAGGUAAAAGCAUGCAUUUGUUGAAACCUGCAGUAAUGUAUGUAACUCAAGACCUUUAGGCUCUAAUUAAUGAGUAAAGCACACACUGGGUUGGGCUUACAAGUAAUAAUUGUGUUUUUCCAGUGAAAUGUUUUGGUCUUGGUUUUCAUGGCAACCAUAAGUUCUGUCCCCUAGGAGAGGGCCAUGCAGCCAUGACACAAACAAAUCUGGUUGAGUUCUCUUGAACAGUAUUCUACAUUAUGUAGAUUUGUAUUAUUAGUAACUGAUUAUUUUAUUAUUGAAUGUUGCUUAUCUGUAAAGUUACAUAAGUCGUAUAGAAAAUUUCACAAUUUUUCAUAAAGAAUAAUGCAUGCCAAUUGUCAUUGGUUUACUAUUACAGCUCUUGAAAUACUUUUAAAAUUAUCAAGAAAAACAUUCAGCUAUGUUUUAAGUUAUGCUUUUGAGUGGAUUUAAUUUCAUAUAAUAAGAUACCAUUUUCUUCAAAAACUAAGGCAGUAGCCUCAUGCAGUCACAGACUGCCUUUUAUUGUUGUUGUCUCUUAACCUUAAAAUACCUCUCAGAUAUUCAGGUGGAUAUACAAUGUUUAUUGUUUUAAACACAAUAAUUAACUUAACUUAAACUUAACUGGGCUUACCAGUGUAUUAAAUAAUCUUGUGUCUACCCAACAAAGUCUUUUGGUCUUGAAGAGUCUUUUAGUUUGAUUCACAUUGUACUAAAUAAUAUAGUGUACCAAAAUUAAUUUUUACUUGCUCUUCAGGAAAUUUCUUGAGAAUGUGCAAUGCUGCACAACAACGCUCAAAACACAAGAUGUUGAAACUGUUCUGAAGCCUAUAAACGGGGUUCUCAACUCAGGAGGUGGCAUUGUAGAAAUUAACAUCGAUGGGUUCUCAAAGGUAACACCUGAAGACCUAAACAAGCAUCUAGAUACCUUUUGGUCAGCAUUACAGCCAAAACUGAAUCUAAUGGUCCAGCCAUCAACAUAUGCUGAUAUCUUUGAUCUAAAACGUGAGAAAGACACAAUUCGUCUCUUCAUCAGAGCAACAGAGCAUUUUUGCACAGUGGACUACAAUUUGUAUUUACCUGGUGAUGCAGGACUGUUGCUACCCCUGAAGCAAAAAGUGGUCGAUUUAUUGUCUGAGAGAGAUUCAUCUAAGAAAACAGAUAGUCCUCAGGUUCCUUUAACAGACGUUAUUUCUUUGGUUCCUGGCCAAUUCAUGUACAAGGAGGUACUGAAUUUUCAUGAAUCCAAACAAGUGCAGCUGAAAUACUACACAUCGAAAAAUGAACUCUUUCACAGCAAUAACCGGAAGGCUCAAGAUGAGAUUGCAAAACACAUCUCUUCCUUUGGAAAUGGAAUUGGAGGCGUAAUUCUCAUUGGUAUUAAAAACAAUGGGGAGGUAUGUGGCCAAGGUAAGGAAACAGGUUCAAAAAAAAAGUUGGAGAGUGAAUUCAAUGAGAUGUUCAAAGAGAUGAGUAAGACGUGGAGCUUUACACCCACGCAGGGGAUACAUUGGGAUGUUAAGUUUGUUCCCGUCAUGGGUGCCGAAGAACCAAGGUCUGUGAUAGCGAUACUUAUAGCUGGCAUGCAGAACCUGGGUGGCAUUUUCACAAAAUGCCCAAAGAGCUUUGAGCUGCAGGAUGAUUCUGGAAGUGGUGGAGCAGAGAAGGUUGUCCUCCUUAAUUUUAGUCAGUGGAAGCAGAGAAUGCUCAAAGACAGAUGCAAAGGUGAAAGUAAAGGUGAGUACAUUCAGUUAAUAAUGGCCAUCACUGAUUAGCUUACCUAAGGUGAUAAGUAAUUUUCUCAAGGAUAAAAAGUGAUUGUUAGUAGUUCCAUUAGCCUGUUUGUGAGUGGCAUGCAUUUGAAGUGGAAGAGAGAAAGUGAAAGAAUGGGAGAAUUUGAUGGACAUGUACGGAGGCGAGAAAGGCUCCACAUGUGCUUAUCCAGGUUCUCAUGCACCUUGAUUCCCUCCACUUCAAAUUUGGUCCAACUCACACAUGUCCUCUAAUCCUGACCACCCCUCAACCUGCUGAUAACAUGGUAAUCUUCUGCAAGCACAAACCUUUUUCCAUCUUGUUGACAUUUUUGUUGAUAACAAUUGACAAUUUAUUGGCUGAUUAAAUAAUGCACUGGCUAGUAUACACUUUAUUAUGCCACAGUGUAAAUUCCAGAAAAUUGUUUUCUUCUUUCUUAUCGAAGAAGCGGAUUCUAGUCUGUGUUUGAAAAUUUUAAUCACAGUACACAGUUAAGAAGACAAAAAUCGACUGGCAGAGAUUCGAGAUAAGAGAAAACAAGUGAUCCCUUCAUCAAAUAUUAGCAAACAUACCUGCACCUGAUCAUCUUAACAAGCUCCUUGGCCAUUUGCAGUGUUUUUUUCAAAGACCAAUGAAAGAAAGAUAGAAGCGACUUCGAGCCAGACAUAAUGUCCAGUUUUUGAAAGACUCCAGGGUCACAUUAGCGAACGAAUUGACUGACUAAAUUUUUUCAACAUGGCACAUUUGCAUCUUAAUUUUGCUUUCAAUGUGUGCUGUUGUUUCGGUGAGCCAAUUAAAACUUUCAUUUUCUAACACCUGUCAAAUGACUGUCAAAUUGCUUGUCCUGCACUUGUUUCCGGUCCCUCAAACAGGAAGCCAUGAUAUUAAAAAUCAAAUAUGUGAUAGAUAAAGUCAAUAUGAUACUUCCAUGAAAGAUCCGAAUCAAUCAUUAUUCCCCAAUUUUUAGCAAAGUCCUUCAUCUCUAAUUUUUACUCAAGUAUUUGAAGUUGGAUUGAAUCUGAUCUUUAAUAUUUCUGGCAUAUAUGUAUUAUUUGGUUGGUACAUUGGUACACGUUUAAAAAGCUACAAUCUUGGACAAAAAUGUCUAGAAUAAUGGCCGUUGCCAUGUCUAGUUUCAAAAUAAAACUUUUUAAAAAACUAGCAAAAGAAAAGAACACACAAAGUUGAACUCUGGCUGGAUCAUUUCUCCCCCUGACUGAACAAUAUUGAUCAUUAGACAUGGUGGGGUGGGGGAAGGGUUCAUGGCGGUACCAAAUCUGAAGAAUGGGUGUCCUGUGGGUGGGUAAAACUGUUUUUCCAAGGUUGUAAAGUGGUCAAUUUCAGGAAUACAGUAAAACCCCACGACUAAGAUCCUGGAUUUUAAGAACUUGCUAGGCUAACGUUUGCCAGUUAGGCCUCCUCUACAAAAGAACUUGUUUAGGCCAACUUGGAAAAAUCCAGGUUCUUUGUGGUGGGGUUUUAUUGUAAUGAUUUAAAGCCUUAACUUAAAACUGCUACAUGAAGGGCUUGAAAACUGACUGAAAUUAACUUUUUUUGUAAGGUACCAGGGAAGCAAUGGAAAAAUUUCGAUUGGUAGAACUUUUAGAUGGACCUUUGCGGACUGUCCAAGGUUCUGUUGAAGAGAUUGUGAAAGCAUUCUUUCCAGGUAUUUUUCAGUAAACUGUUAGUAGAUCGUCCUUACCUCUUCCCAAAGUAAUGACACACACUGUUUAAUUAUAUAUAAUUUUUUUAUGCAUACUAGGCUAGUAUUUAAUUUUUAAAUCUGCAAAUUGUUUCGUAGGGACCUUCUUGACCGUUGCCUUGCUUGAGGUUGUUUCUUGGUUUUUGCAGGCUGGAUCAGAAACUUUGUAACUCAUAGUUUAACCUUUUUCUCUAUUUAUUAUCAAACAUCAGUCACAGCUUUCUGAUUGUAAACACCCAUCCAGUAUACAAUGCAAUAAGUUAUUGUACAUCGAAAGCUAAAACUAGGCAAGGUUGGGAAACUUCUACAUCUACACUUUAUUAAGUCGGUAAAAAUCGCGACAUAUCACACCAACUGUUUAAAAAACGAAAUUAUGCAAUAAUAAUAAAAUCUGAAUAAAACUAAUACAAUGGAAUAUUAAAAAUUAUUAACUAACUUAGGUUUAAAACUAUCUACGGGCCUUGUUUGGUAUGACUAUCAUUCAUUGCAUUGUUUUUAACACUACGACCUCCUUCGUUUGCAUUGUAUCGUAAAGUUUAGUUACAAAAGCCCUUAUUUUCUGUAAAGAAAGCUGUAGCAUGUUUUGAUAAUAUCAUACUCAGGGUUCUAUCCAGGGUAUUUGAGGGGUAGAAGCUUCUCCCCCGAAAUGCCCAGCUUCCCACCCAAAAAUAUUGUUAUCAUUACAGUAAAUAAGUAACUAUAUCGGAAAAAUCAUCCAAACGCGACAAGGUCAGUGCACACAUUGUAACAUUUCUCAAAAUUGUGUCUCAAAAUGCAGCAGGUUGUAUCUUAGCGCAUAUUCAUUUCCAAACAUUUCCGGGGGAGCACGCCCCCCCCCCACCCCUUAGGAAGAAAACUAUACAAAAACGUAAAAGAAAAUAGAUAACGUAAUGAAUCGAUUUAAGGGUUAAGUACCGAGUGCUAAACAAGAGAUAAUAUUCCAUGUAAUAUUCUAAGAAUUACUCAAAUCAUGAGGACCCUCUCCUUGAGUAACAAAUGUGCAGUUCGUCACAAUGAACAGAAUUCCUUUAUCACCACACAUGUUAAGUAAAUAGUCCGCUGUUUUGUAAUCAGUGUCUAGAAAGUCUGAUCAUUUUGGGCUCUGGGCCCCGCGUGCGUAUGUUAUUUUUCCUGUUAUUGAGAGAUGCGUGACUACAAAGGGAAAUGACAGAAAAAUAACACCCCCUAAACAACUUGUGUUGCACCGCAGCUAAUUGCGAUAUUAUGUUUUGUUUUGAAAUCAACCGUCCCUGUUGACUUGAGUUUAUUGAAUGUAUGUAGCUUGCAUAGCUGGUGCUUUUGUUGGGAAGGGGUGAUGGAGGGGCGUGAGUGCGAGAAUGGGACUCAGUCGCCUGACAAAACCGCGAAAGUCUGUAAAAAAAGGCAAGUGAAAACGAAGGGUAUAAGUUACUGUCAUUUUUUACAUCUUCCAUUCAUUCACAAUUUUUACAUAGACCAUAAUGCAUCUUGUUUACCCCCCGCCCCCUAAAUUUGCAUAACCAUUGUUUCCAAUUUCUCCUGGGUAUUACAGUCGUCCCAAGAGAAAUCGAAGAGAAUGGUUAUGCAAAUUUUGGGGGGUAAACAAGGUUCAUUAUGACGUAGGUGAAAAUGGUGAAUUCUACAAAUAGAUGUGCGCCAUCGUGACUUAAGAAGUGUCAUUUUUUGCAGGUACCCAGAGUAAACCCUCUUAAGGUCUCCUCAUGCUAACAGCAUUUGUGCGUAAGAUUGUAUCGUGGUUAACAAGGUUUGAUUGUGUCUUUGUCAUUUUUUAUUUAGUUGGGCCCGGAUGUCAAGUGGUACCUAAAGGGUUUGAAUCAAACCUCCCAGAAGAAGCAAAACAAGUGAUACGAAAAAUACGAGAACAAACCACGAACGGCCUUCUUGUAGCUUCCUCCUCAAUACUGUCUGCUGUCCAAAAAGAAGGGAAACGUAAAGAAGAUGGGGUUAUAUGUGACUUACUCCUCUUAAGUGAGUCGCUUGGACGGCUCCACCUUAUCUCCCUUGUCAGCAGUGAAUCACAAGAUCAGUUCUUCCCGUGCGCCCGUGCUACAGCCAAAGCUGUGAAGAAAUCCUUAGUGAGGAACGGCGGUUGCUAUGAAAAGUUUUACAUAACCUGCCAGGUGGUGCUUUGCAACAGAGUACGAACUGAGCCACUUGAUAUAUCGUCUCCAGACAGUCGAUAUCCUGAUGUGUAUCGUCGACGUUCAUCGCCCCAAGAGUUAGUGAAGAUCAACAAAAUCCUGCAGUCACUAGUAAUAGUUUUGGCGCAGUUUCCUUCUUUUCUUUCCAACAAGCAGGGGUUAAAAUUUCUUAACUUGCUGACAAAGGAACAGUUUGAGUUGCUUCACAAAGAGAUUGACGAACACAGAGAGCUAUGGAUUCAGGGUGUAGCUGGGACUGGAAAAACCGUGGUGGCUGUAGAGUUUAUCAGAAGGCUCCUCCGCCGUGACCCCAACCUUACAAACCAAAACAUACUGUACGUUUGUGAGAGACCUGCAAUGCUUCCCCAAAUAAGGUAUGUUUUUUUUCAAAUUCCAGGGUGAAGGGUUGGAUCACGUAGCCUCUUUACACCUCGCAUCCCCUUGCAGAGAUGGAAGGGAAUACGAUGACAACUGUCCUUCUGUUAAUUAACAUGAGGUCUGAGUUAACAUGGAAAUUUAUCUCUAGCCGGUUUCUUAAGGUGGCUCGAUACAGUUUUCCAGGGCCAAUACCUCCCAAGUUUGAACAUAAACUACGUCGCCAUAAACAAAGUUUUGAAAAAAUUGCCACCACAGUUGUAUUAGAUAAAGAUGAACAUUUGUUGUGAUCAGGGUUGCAACGGCAUCGGAGUUGUCAUAGCAACGAAAUGACGCUAUUACCUAUUUUACUUUCAGCAGUAUAUCACGGCACUAGGAACUGUUCUUUCAAAAUCGUUCUCGGGAGCUUUUUCCUCCAAUACCGGCCUCGAUAUUCGUGAAGUUUAAGCGAAAUCUGUAAGAGCGUUAUCGAGAUAUUUUGGGAUGAAGUUUUUAUGGUUAGAAACACAGUAAAAAAUGGACAAUAUUGUUGUUUGGCCGUUAUCUGUAAAAAAUGAAGAACUUUUGACAUGCAAUUUCACCUCAUAGUAGUUUCAAUCUUUUUAAAAACGUGUGUGAAAGAUCAUUUAGAUAGCUCUAACCGAUUGCUAGAAAGAAGGGUUUGAGUAGUAUGUAUCGAAGCGCUCUUGUUAGCGGUUUUGUAAACAUUUUGGUCUUCUUUAUCAAAUUAGCGAAUAAUUUUUAAACCGCUCGAUAGAUUUUUUAAAAAAUUUAAGAUUCUUGAGAUUAACCUUCCUUUUAUAUGACCUUUCAGUUUCAAGAUUAUUGAUAUAUUGUAAGGCAGUAAAAUAAGGGCUACAAUUCGCUAAUAUUUUGGCUGAAAUUUUGUGUUUACAAGUGUGAGCCUCUCAUUAUUCAAGGUAUUGUCUCCAAGUUUCAUACUUUCGUGCACAACAAUAGCUAGCAAUUUUGCAUAUGUCAAAUACAUUGUUAGUUACUGCUGUUCACGUGAAAAUGAAACUUGAAGACAAUGCGUUGAAUAAUGAGAGGCUUUCUCUUGUAAUGACGAGACUUCCAAUAAAAACGUAGCGAAUUGUAGCCGUUAUUUUACUGCCUUACAAUGUAUCAAUAAUCCUGAAACUAAAAGGUCAUAUAAAAGGAACGUUAGUCUCAAGAAUCUUAAAUUUUUUUAAAAAUCUAUCGAGCGGUUUAAAAAUUAUUCGCUAAUUUGAUAAAGAAGACCAAAAUGUCUACAAAACCGCUAACAAGAGCGCUUCGAUACAUACUAAUCAAACCCUUCUUUCUAGCAAUCGGUUGGAGCUAUCUAAAUGAUCUUUCACACAAGUUUUUAAAAAGAUUGAAACUACUAUGAGGUGAAAUUGCAUGUCAAAAGCUCUUCAUUUUUUACAGAUAACGGCCAAACAACAAUAUUGUCCAUUUUUUACUGUGUUUCUAACCAUAAAAACUUCAUCCCAAAAUAUCUCGAUAACGCUCUUACAGAUUUCGCUUCAACUUCACAAACAUCGAGGCCGCUAUUGGAGGAAAAAGCUCUCGUGAACGAUUUUGGAAGAACAGUUCCUAGUGCUGAGAUAUACUGCUGCAAGUGAAAUAGGUAAUAGCGUCAUUUCGUUGCUAUGACAACUCCGAUGCCGUUGCAAUCCUGAUCAUAACAAAUUUUCAUCUUUAUUUAAUACAACUGUGGUGGCAAUUUUUCCAAAACUUUGUUUAUGGCGACGUAGUUUAUGCUCAAACUUGGGAGGUAUUGACCAUGAAAAACUGUAUCGAGCCACCUUAAGCAGUUUGGUAACUUUCUUUAUAGCUGCUAUUACGGACCUUGGUGUUUACACUCCUUUCCCUUUCACGAUAUGUAUUGUGAGUAGACCACAGUAACCAUUUACUGCACUCUUCGUCUAUCUCGUUUAUUCCACAGUCGGCUCGUGCGUUUAAUUCCUAAUAAAUCAUGAACAAUAAAACUACUCCAACUGCGCGGUCGGCCGCUUCGCGGCCAAACAAGGCGCGCUCCGCUUGCCAAGAGGUCGACUUGUAGCAACUCUACUCGGUAAUUAAACUCAAUCGAACGUUCUGUGCGGUCACUCGGAUUAUACUAGUGACUCUCUUUUAGCAUGUACAAACGACGGAGAAUUAUAUUGUACGUGAAACCUAAAAAGAACAUAUUUUUGAAAAAUAACUAAUGUGACGACGUGACCCGCGUGGUCUACUUUAACGUGAACGAGACAUGUUUCGCCGGUAAACAUUUGAAUUGGCGCAUCAUAGGUUUAAAUUAGCCUCAUUCAAAGAAAAGAGUAUUGAAUACUAACACCCCAUAAAAUCAAAGGCAAAUGUAAUCACAUGACAAAUACGAACCUUCAAUAAGUUGCUGCCUUCAGUCGUUUAAGCUGAGGUGCAAGAUUAUUUUUUUCCCAUUUUCAGGAAUCUUCUUUCGGAAACAGCACACUUGCUGUUAAGAAUUUUUCUUUGGAGUUUGAACUGCUAACUUCUAAUACUUGCGAUGAAUAUUUCACUGUGGCGAAAUAAAUCAGGUCACGAUGCUUGAAGCUGUUUAUAAAUAAAAGGCAGUCUGUGACUGCAUGUGGCUACUGGUCUAGUUUUGUAGAAUAUAUUGCAGUAUAAAAUGCGAAAAAUGUAGAGGGGGAAAUGAGCAGGUGUAGUGAAUAAAUUCUCACGAUACCCGCAUCUUUGCACGCGCUAAAGCACUGAUGGGAAAAAAGCAAUGUCUCGUGGUUUCUUGAAAUGACUUUUAUUACAUUUGAUGUUAUCUUGAUUAUAAUUAAGAAGCAAUGGUAACAGGAUGAACAAGAACAAUUUAUUUAGAUUAUUUACAAAAAUUCAACUUGGAAAGAUUCUGAUCAAAUAUUUCAUUAAUAUUAAUAUUCUGAUAUUAACUUUGAAUAAAUAUUGAUAUUAACUCGAGUAUACUGCUGUAACAUCAGCACUAACAAAACUUGAACUUGGAAAGAUAAAACAAUUGUCUUUAAAGUUCUGAUCAAAUAUUGCAUUAAUAUAAGUUGUGAUAUUAACUUGAAUAUAACAUAACAAUAACAUGAAGUGAGCCAAAUGGUCUAAUGACAUCAGUUAAGCUGAGGUGGAUGGCAAAAACUGGGAAAUUACUCUUGUGCUUUGAUCUAAAAUCAUCUUUUGUUUUCCAGCAUUAAAGAAAAGCUUUGGCAAAUCUGCAGAAGUGAUUUUAGAUAAGCUUGUUUCACAUUUGAUGUUGGACAUGAAGCUUUGGAUGGCAUCAUUGAAGGCUGUAUAAUUGACCAGCUUUUCAUUAAAACCUUCUUAUAAUGAUAAACAGUUUAAAUGGAGGUUUCGCUGUACGCAACCCUUACGUUCAAAAUAUGCCAUAAUCAUAUUUAUCUACAUCGCAACCACCCUUCCCCCUCAACUGCUACCUGUAGGCCUAAAAAACAUAUCGAACGCACUCACUUAAGCUCCGAUUACUCCUAGUACCCUACCUUGAAGCAGGUGAAACAGAACUUAUAAACUAUGAAAUUCGCGAUUGCCGAAUUAUGUCAGAAGUGGCUUAAAGCAGCACCCACACCCACACUAAAAUAUGAACCAUUAAACAGCUGCAUCACUGUACAAAAUACACAACGUUUGCUGCUGUAAUAAAAGACGAACAAAUUGUGAAGAAUCAACAUGGCGGUCUCAAAAUGCCCGAGUUUGACCUUUAGCAAUGUCAUGUUCAUUUAGAUGCCAAAAUCUCAUUGGUUCCUAAGCAUCAACUCAUAGUACCCUCAACCUUAUUGGCCCCUGCACCAAUCAUCAAAAUAGCUCAAAAAACGGCUCGCAGAUUACGAGUCUCACUGCUUACGCAAGCGAGACUAAAUAUAAUGCGAGACUUGUAAGUUGUUACCAGUCGUGCUUGUAUACGAUCUGAGCCCUUCUUCUUUUUUAGAAGGCCCUUCUAAAAGUCUUCUUAAUCAGUACAAGUACUGUAAGAGUUAAUAGACAGUUUUAGAUCCGAGUUUACCGCGAACCUCUAACCGCUGGAGGUCACAUGACAAGUCUUUCGCGUUACGUUUGAGGUUUACGACGUGCGUUUUCAACGUGGGGAGAUAGGUUUUCACGUAUGCCAUUUACCUGAAAGCUUUUAGCGUAUAAUUGUUGUUUUAUCCCACGUAAUGAUACAAAAAUCUUGAGGAGCAAGUCUUUAUCCAUUAACAGAGGCACAAAUUCGGGCGAAAUGCUAAAUUUGAUAAAUCCUAUUGGAUCUUGAAAACAAGUGUCAUUCAUGGCUGCUGAUUCAAAAUGGCGGCCGUAAAAUUGCAAGAAGAAUUAAUGUAAGAAUUUACAUCUUUUUGCUGCGAGAUAACCCAGUGUUACCGUAAAUUUCUUUUAUUUUCACUGAUUGAUUUUUCUUCUAUUUCUAAAUGGAAAAAUAAACCAGAAUCCACUUCUUUAAUCCACUGAUUAUACUUACGAUGAUGCAGGAAUGUGACUGUCAAAAACGUGAUCCGUUCGUUGCACUAAUUAACAUCAAAGUGCUGUAGUGUAAGUUUAAGUGUUUUUACCGCGGAUUACACCGCAAGAAAAACCAACGGGACGUCAUCCGUGGUGAGUUGCAAGAACUGUGAUAACUCGAGUUGUUGGGGUAACUUUUGAUCAAGGGAAACAGAAUUUAGUACGAGUUAACGGGGAAGGUCGAGGUUUUCGAGUUACCGCCGGGGUUGCACGAUACUGAGCCGCAUGCUUCGACUGCGACAAGUCUAGCUAAGUCUUGUUGCCCUUAAGGAACUACAUUAUAACAUUUUUCUCAAUACAAUGUGCCUGUUCUUUCUCGCUAUUUAUAGGAAACUUAAGAUAUGCGAGUGCCGUACCCGAAAAGCCUUUAUGGAGGAGAGGUUUUCUCAAAUCAGGCACGUAAUCCUGGACGAGGUACAUAAUUUUCAAGCUAAAGAUGGAGAUUGGCUUGGAAAAGCUAGAACGCUCGUCAAACAACAUCUUGAACGUGAAUCCAGUGAUGAUGACUACACCUCUGACAAUGAAAAAGUGUCGGAGUCUUGCAGCGAAUCCGAAACUGAACAGGACAACUCUGAUACAAACUCUGUCGCUGGACCGGAUUCAGAGUACAGCAUUUGGCAAAAUGAUGGCCCAGGCUAUCUGUGGUGUUUCAUGGACAAAGGACAAAGCAUUUCAAAGAAGUCUGAAACAGGCAUACCAAAACGUCUUCGCCAGACGUUUCUUCUGAGGAAAGUGAUAAGGAACUCCAAGAGGAUCUUCGAACACGCCGAAAAAUUCCUUGAUGGGCGAACUUGGCCUGGAGCCGAAAUGCCUAGACACAGACUACUGAAGAAGCUUGCGAAGGAUGAUCCGCUGAUGUAUAGAGAACUACUCCAAAAACAAGAACGAAGAAUGGACGUUCGGAAGGUGACAAUAGGCCACGAUUUCGACGGAGAACAAAGUGAGGUAGAGUAUUCAAAAGGAGAACGAAUUCCUUGUUUGAUUGGAGUACUUGAGUCGCUGCUAAAAGAAGGGUACAGUAAAGGCGAUAUCGCUGUUUUGUGUUUAACUGAACCCCUAGAAGGCAGUGAACUUGAACAGUUGCAAGAGUUCACUUUAACCGUGAAUGCUGAAAGAAAUGAUGAUGACAAUAUUGUUCUCAGCACCGUGACGGAGUAUGGUGGUUUGGAACGGCCCAUCGUCCUUAUCGUUCGCGAAUCGUUCGACUAUACCAACAAAGAUGUGUUGCCUAAACGGGUAAAUUAUUGUGCUUUCACUCGUGGAAUGGUUAGACUUAUUAUUCUGAAGGAAAAAUCAAGGGGGCAAAAAAGAAAAGAAAGCAAUUAA